AUGAAGCUCUCUACUCUAUUUACAAUUAUUCUAGUCAAUGCCAAGACAGCUCCUCUUCAAGGUGCAUGCGACUACUGCACUGCUGGAUUUGACAAUCCUACUGUAGCAAUUUCGUUGUCGGAUGUUUUGCCUUUUUCCUUCCUGGAUGAUGCCGAAGCAAAUGUCACUUCCUGCCAAGACAUCCAAAAUGAAGCCGCGAAUGCUAACGGUACCACCGAAGAGUGCGAAGCCAUUGCGCAGCUUGAACCGCUCUGUUGCCCAAGCACUACGGAGCAGUAUGUUUGCGAUUUUUGCCCUGAUGGCGUCGAGGUUGAAGAUAAUUUUGUCUGCGGCAUCUUCUCACUCGCCGCUCUCGGAGCGAACGAAACAGGAUGUGCGUCGACCAAGCUUUAUGAACCUAUUUGCUGCCCAUCAACAUCCGAAUAUAAGCUUCCUACCGUCACUGAAGGUGAAACUUGUUACAUUUGUGGCAGCGCUGAUGUAGCCAUGACAACACCAGAUGCAAUCCCCUUGUUUAUCCAAGGUAGUGACGAUCCCGCAGCCCAAUUGACCUGUGCGCAACAGCAGGAUGCAAUCAACGAAGAGAGAAAAACAUCGGGUGCUUCAUGUGCGGAUGCUAUUAGCGGGCUUUACCUAUUCGCUUCUCCUUCAAUUUGCGGGUGUUCUGGCUAUUCCCCUCCAAAGUCGUGCAAUAUUUGUGAAGGUGGAACUGUCAAGCGCGACGUCAUUCCACUUGCCGACGAAGGAAACUUGACCUGUGGACAAGGAUACGAUACGUUUCAACAUUUCACACCUGGAUUUUGUACAACACUCACUGCGAAUGGAGAGCUCGACCUUGCCGUCCUCGAUGAGGCUUGUUGCACCUAUACUAGCAGUGGUCACGUAAAUGGUCUUCAUUUUGCUGGAUGGUUGAUUGCUAGUUUGGUUGCAAUUGCAGUUGUAUAG